AUGAUGAAGAAGAGGAGAAGGCGGGUUCCCGAGGUCUUAUGGAGGCUUUUCCACAAUAAGGCGCGUACGCUUGCCGACACGAUUUUAUCUUUGCUUCCGUCACCGCCGACGCCGGUGGCCGAUUGCCUGUGUAAGGGCCGGCGGUGCCUUGGCUGCAUUGGUGAUGAAGCAAUGUCGUAUCUGCUCAGACCUAAAGAUCCCGCCGAUUAUCGGAAACUUCUUACUCAGUGCUUUGUUGUUGUGCCGGAAAAUGCUCCGACUUUCUCAGGCUUCGAUCCUCAUAAUCGCUGGUCUCAACUGGAGACUGUUAGAAGAAGUAUUGAAAUGAUUAUGCGUGAGCAACCCACAUUUGCUAAUGUGAUAUGCAAUGCCUACGAUAAGACCUGUCGCCUGAGUUCUAUAGUAGAAGCUUUAACAUCCUCAGCGUGGUGCCUUCUUUUGAGAAGGGUUGGUGACAUUCUUAUGGUGUAUUUGUUAAGGAAUACCUUCGUAUUCUUGUCCCUUCCUCGAAGGAAACAUCGUCAAGUUGCAGGAUUUCCAAUCAGUGAUAUGUGCAAAGCAUUCUCGAGGCAUUCAUCUGUCUUCAAGUAUGAAUAUCCUUCAAAUGCCCAUCAAGGAUCUGGUAGAAAAAGGAAACAAGUUCAUCGGGUUGAUGACAUCAUUGAGAAACAGCAGAGCACUAGCUUUUCUGAUGUUGAUUUUUCUUCACGUAGUGGUAGUUGCACUGGCUGUUGUGGUAGUACUAAAUCCACUCCAUCUAGCAGCUGCAGCAGGCUAAUAAUAUCUCAAAAGAGUGUGUCCAAGGAAACUGUGAAAGCAGUGAGAACUAAAGAAUCUGAAGUUUGUUCUAUUCAGGAGUGCCAGGAUAGCUCAAUUGAGGCUUUUAGAUUGCCAAGGAAGCGUGUAAGAAAGUAUAAUUGGCAGCGUGCCAGAAAGCGCAGGCAGUUAAGCUGUCAGGGAUCCAGUUCUUUGAUCCCUUGCACUAGAAGUCUCAGUGAUGAAGAUAACUUUUCUGGAGUGCUUCACCCAGAUUCUCGUCUUUCGUCUGAAAAGACAUGCUGCUCUUGUUGUUUGGUGUUUCAAACUCUCCCUAAAGUCAUUAAGAAAACUCAGAUUGACAGGCAAAGCAUAUUCUAUAAGUUGGAGAAUUCUUCAUCCAUUUUCCCAAGGAAGCAUAUAUUGAAUUCUCUGAAGCCCAAUUCUUCUGGGGCAAAUUUCCUAUUUAGGGAUAUUUUUGGAUUGUCUGGUGCUCAUUUCACAGCCUCUCUCACCCCAUGUGCUCACAGCAACGAUUCCUGUUUCAUCAAAUCUACAUGCCUAUAUCACUCUCUCAUGAAGCAGCUCAAAAUUCUUAUACGCAAGGCCAGAUGUUGCCAGCAUUUAAGGUUGCUGGAUAAACAUUGUGCCGUUUUAUCCUUGGAUCACCAUAAUGACGAAACUGCUGCCUCCAAGUACCAGGGAAACGAAUCUGAGAGAAACAUACAUGGAAAAGAACAUUUGGAGGAUCUUCUUGCUUAUGGUUUUCAUCCACAGAAUCUUAACUCAUCAGAUUUCAAGAGUUGCAUGAAUAUUUCAAAAGCUCAUGAUUAUCAGUUUCAUCCAAGCAAGGAUUACUGUCUUAAAAAGCAGGUUGUUUCAUUUGUAUGGGCUGUCUGUAGGAGUAUAGUUCCUCGAGAUCUGCUAGGAAGUCCUCAUAAUUGGAGAAUUUUGAGAAAGAAUAUCUCCAAGUUUGUUUGUCUUCGAAGAUUUGAGAAAUUCUCUUUGAAGCAGUGCAUUCACAAAUUGAAGAUAUCCAAAUUUUCUUUAUUAUCAAAUAAGCACUCAUGUUUUUGCUUGAAUGGUGAAGACUUGAAGUGUGGAAAGAGGCAAGGGGCAAAUAAGCAUAAGGAACGUAGUAAGCUUGAUGCCACAGAUUUUGUGAAACAUAAAAUACUGGAAAGCUGGAUUUUGUGGUUCUUCUCUUGGUUAGUAGUUCCCUUGUUGCAAACGCACUUUUAUGUAACUGAAAGCGAACAUGGAAAACAAGAGGUGUUUUACUAUCGGAAAUCUGUUUGGAAGAAGCUGAUGGAACAAGCUUUAGAUAACCUGAAAGAUCGAAGCUAUUGUGAGUUAAAUGAUGCAUCUGUAAACAAAAUUAUAAGAAGCAGAGAAUUUGGUUUCUCAAGGAUGAGAUUUCGUCCAAGGGAAACAGGUUUCAGGAUAUUGGCAAACCUUAAAGCGCCAUCAAGAAUUCCUGUAAAGUCCUCUUUCAAGCAAUUGGCUUGUAAUUCAACUAGAGGGUCCUCAAAUCGUAGAAACAUAAAAUGCAAUUAUUUUAAGUCUGUGAACCAUGUUCUCCGUGGUGUUCAUGUUGUGCUUAAAGGUAUACAACUGAAAGAACCAGGGAAAUUAGGUUCAUCAGUUUUUGACUAUACUGGUAUUUAUAAAAAGUUUGUUCCUUUUCUACAUCUCUUGAAGAGCGGAUCUUCAAUCCUGCCUGGUGUUUUUAUUGUCGUAUGUGAUGUGGCAAAGGCUUUUGAUUCUAUUGACCAGAAUAAAUUGCUUACUGUGAUGGAAGAUGUUAUAUUAAAUGAUGAAUAUACUGUAAACAAAUCUCUUCAAGUUGUCUGCACAAGGAAAUCUACCCUGGUAUGCGAGCAGCUGGCACUAGCACCUCAAGAUAUCAUCUAUGGAUCUUCAGAAGUUGCAAUUUCUGUACCCACCAGCAUGCUGCAUAGCAUUUUUGUCAAAGAGGAAUGCAGCAGAAAGAUUAAGAAAGCAGAGAUUUUCUCUCAUUUGAAUGAGCACAUUAAGCACAAUGUGCUUAAGUUAGGUGACAGAUUUUACUUGCAGAGUCUUGGUAUUUCGCAAGGGAGUGUUUUAUCUUCUCUCCUCUGCUCAUUUUACUAUGGACAUCUAGAAAAUAAUAUAAUUUUCCCUUUUCUUGAGAAAGUUUGUGAGCUUCCCAGACAUUCAUUUGGCAACCAAGAUACACGUGAUGCUUCUUCUGCAGCAAUCCACCAUGAGAGCGAAGCUGUCAUGUACCACGGCAAAUAUCUGCUUUUAAGGUUUAUUGAUGACUUCAUUUUCAUGUCAACGUCAAAGAAACAGGCCUCUUUGUUCUUCUCCCGGUUGCAAAGAGGAUUUCAUGGAUACAACUGCUAUAUGAAUGAAGGGAAAUUUGGUGUAAAUUUUGAUAUGGAUCAUGUAUCAGGAUUCAGGUCAAAUAGACUCUAUGUGGGUGAAGAUGGGAUCUCGUUUCUUAGAUGGAGCGGAUUGCUUGUCAAUUGCUCUACUUUAGAAAUUCUGGCAGACUACACAAGAUACCUGAAUACUCAUCUAAGUUCAUCUCUCACCAUCAGCUGGCAUGAUCAUCCAGCUCGCUUACUGAAGUCCAAGUUAUGUGAUUACUUGCGACCUAAAUGCCAUCCCAUUUUCUACGACACCAACAUAAAUUCAGCGGCUGUUGUCAGACUAAACAUAUAUCAGGCUUUCCUGCUAUGUGCAAUGAAGUUCAAUUGUUAUAUUUGCAGUUUUUCUAGCAUAUCUACUUUCAGCACUGAUUGCUGCAUGGAUGCUAUUGAAGCAUCUUUGAGGUACAUGCAUAAGCUCAUUAGGAGAAGGAUGAACUCUUUGCAUCUCAAUUGUGGUUUUCGUCCCAUUUUCGAAGUGGGAAAAGAGGAAAUCAAAUGGCUGGGAUUAACUGCUUUCGAUCGAGUUCUGACAAGAAAACAAACCCGUUAUAGGGAGUUGCUAUUGUUACUAAGAUCAAAGUUGAAUAUGGAGGCCAACAACAGAUCAUCUGCACUGCAAUAUGCUGUUGAUGAUGCACAUUCCUCUCUACUUUGGAAAAUUAAGUAUUGAUUUUUUAUUUUCGAGUUUGAAACCAUGAACGAGUAAGUUGCCUCAUAUAUUAUUCAGUUUCAGUGAAAGCAACUUCGACCUUAGGCGUCUUCUUUGGUUGUACAUGCAUAUUAUGCGUUCUCUAAAUCUAUUUUGUUGUCAUAUGGAGUUCUCGAGCAUGCUAAGCAUUAGACAUGUAAAUCAGAUCUUUAAGUGA